AAUCAAGUCAAAGAGAAGAUGGGUAGACUAGUAGAGUAUAUACUGUUACUUCUAUCAGUUGUACUAGUAGUAUCUACAUUGACUGGAUCUACUAACAAUUACUACAAUGAGCCUGGACCUAAAGAUUGCUCUGUGACUAAGAAAUUCAGUAAACUCAUUAACGAUUCAUUCACUCCAUAUCCACUGAUUCCUGGAAAAAACUACAAUGUACAAGGAACUAUACUUAUUAACAAAACCGUAGAAUGGGGUACAAUACAUUUCACACUGGCACAUAAUUUCAGAAAUACAGUUAAUAUUACUUUUGUCAACGAAAAACUAAAUCUAUGCGACUUCAUUGUCGAUUUGUUGAAGCUACAUUGUCCAGUACCACCAGGAAUAUAUCAGUUCAAUUAUACUGAUACAGUACCAAAGCUCUUUUGGCCAGGUAGGUAUUAUGGGAAAGCUGCAGUGUACAAUGAGGAAGGAGAGGAAUUGAUGUGUCAAACGAUAGACGUUAAUAUAAAUGAAUGACUUCAAUACAUUAUGAAAGUUAAUCCUUUAAAGUUCUUGUUUUCUUAG